UUGCACUUGAGUAGGAGGAGCUUCUCAAACAGUUCGUCGUCAAGACAGCGACGGUUCGGUUUUAGUACAAGACUCGCGAACGAGAAAAGUCUCUCCACCGCUGCAGAGGAGCAUAAGUUCGUAUUAAAACGACUAAAUACCGCCUUAAUGGCUGGGAAUUCCCUGCUCCUUCUUUCGGCGUCCGUGCUGGCCUUUUCGGUGGAACUGCCCUGGGACCGGGCCGUCCCGGGCGCCCGGGCCAGCGGCUGCGAAGCAGGCCGCGAGCAGGUCGAGCGGACCUACUGGCUCCGCGACGGACAACGCCUGGCAGCGGCGACGGACCGCUUCUGGGAGCCGGGCACCUACGUGUGCGUGCGCGAGGGACCCCGAGGAGUCCGCCUAGAGAAAGCCCUGCUCGUGCAAGGCGGACCCCCCGAAGACGCUUGCUGGUCGGGCGAAGCCGGCGCAAACCGCAGCCGGAAGCGGCGGGUUGCCGACGGCGUCCGAGCGCGCCACGCGCCGUGGGUGGCACAGCUACUUCAAGACGGCCGCUUCGUGUGCGGCUGCAGCAUCGUUGGGCAGCGCUGGGCCCUGACGGCCGCCCACUGCCUAGCUGGGGAAGGGACCUCGUUCAGCGUGGCCUUAGGUCCCCUUCGCCCGGCCGCCGGACCCAGAAUCGCCGUGGUUCGAACGCUGCCGCACCCGAGCUACCGGCGCGGCACGCGCGCCCACGACAUCGCUUUGUUGGAGCUGGACACGCCGUCGACAGAGCGACUCGCGGUCGUGUGCCUGCCGCCGGGGCCGGGCUUCCUGGAACGCUUCUCGCAGGGCCUGCUCUUCGGCUGGGGCAAGGUGGGGCCCGGCGGGGGUCCGGCACGACGCCUGCAGGAGGCCCUCCUGCCCCUGGUCACCCGCGACCGCUGCGAGGCCGCGUUGCCAGACGUCGGGCCGAAGGCCUUCUGCGCGGGGUUUGGCGAGGCGUACCGCGCGGACGCUUGUUCGGGGGACAGCGGGGGCCCGCUCGUGGCGCUACUGGACCAGAGACCCGUGCUGAUCGGAGUGGUCAGCUGGGGACGGGCCUGCGCAAGACCGCACACCUUUGGGGUCUACACCCGGGUGGACAGCUACCUGCCUUGGAUACGAGACCACGUGCUCGGGGCCGGGCCAUCGGAAGCCCCCAGGGAAGUGCCGCCCGCAUGCCCCGUCUGUCCCUGUCUGGGCGAGCAAACUGCGAGCAAUCGAACGGACGGGGCGGCGGAUUGA